AUGGGUUUAUUUGGCAGUAGCAAUGGCACCAGUGCCUCUCGAAAACAGCCGGCUGCUCAGCAACCAAAUGCCGCUGAUAUCGCUCCUUGGAUGAAUACGUCCCCGGACGAUGAUGACGACGAGAUAGCGCCAUGGGAGCGCGACCCGCAAGCACACCUCGCAGGCAACCGGCCGGUCAAUCAGUCACAUCCCAACGAUCCUGUUGGCCGUGACAUGCAGGGCUUAGAGCCUGCGAGGACGAACCUGUCAGAAUACUUUGAUUAUGCGGGAGGAGAUGCCCGUCGGCCAUCCACAGCAAGUGCCAUGACCGUCAGUAGUGUGGGCUCGCGUGGCAGCUUUUCCAAUGGACGAUACCAUAAGAGCUUGAAAGGGUUCUUCGGAGACGACCCGUCAGACUCACGUAAAGGAUCAACGGGAAAUCUGCAGGAGCCAGGGUCUUCGUCAGAGAAAUCGGCCGCGCGGAGCAAUUCUAUACAGACGCAGAAUAAUGUCGAGGACCGACCUAAGACUCCGGGACCACCUCCUUCCAGUGACGUGACGCCUUGGGCUUACCAAAAUUUCGAAGACGUUUCCAAUUUUGGGUCGGCGCCCAUACGGCAGGAGCAACGUGCAGAGACUCUCGCGCCUGGGAGUUCGACACUGUCAUCUGGUCGACGGGGGCUCCUUCACCGGCAUACGAGAAGUAAAGAAGACCCUCCCAAAGGCCCAACACCUCCUUCCUCUGUCCCUGUCAGACCUGCCACCAGUCGAGAGAACUCAUCCGGUAAUUUGAGCUACUUCCGCAGCACGCCUCAGACCAGUACACCCAUGAGCUCCUCGACAGCACUGACGCGCAACGCGAGCCCGGCCCCUAUGUCUCGCAAAGAGGCGUCCUCACAUCCAGAAAAGAGGUCAAUUUUCUCGAAACUCAAGCCGCGCCACAAAGAGAAACAGGCGCCCCCACCAGAGCCGGCUCGCACGACCGCUGAGCCCACAAGAAUACCGGAAGAACAGAACAGGUUGAGAGCACUGUCAACAAAACCAUCAAUUUCCGACAUUGCCGACAACAAGAGAGGUCGAGAAACGAGCAUUGCAUCAGUGGACAGCGCUUCUACGAUUAAAGCGUCUGAUCCUUCUCCCAAGCUUGAUCGCUCGUACACAGGCUCAUCGAAAUCUAGCAGGUUCACACGUCAUGGCCGACAUCGAGUACCUAGCCUACCAAGCGAGACGCCCGAGAAGACGCGAUCACCAAAUCAACAGGCACCAACGCAAGCGGGCGUGUUUAGUCUAGACACCAACUUCGAUGACAUGUCAGAUAUCAUCUCCAGACCGCAACAGCCGAGGACGCCCGGCGAGACUGGGGUAUGGAUGGGCAAGGCUGCCGCCACGCCGGCUGCCGAGAUAUCUGCUCCAGUAUGGGAUGCGCCUGACAGUUGGGCGGUCAAAGGACAAGAGGACGAAGUCCUAGACAAUUUACCGGAGGCCAACGAAGACGGUCUUCCAGCCAUACAGGAAGAAGACGGCGUGUCCUACUUUAUGCGCGUUUUCAGGUCAGAUGGUACAUUUGCAACUCUGUCCAUGUCCAUCAAUGCCACUGUUGGGGAGGUAUUGGCAUCUCUGGUAAAGAAGUCCGUGCUUCACGAUUCGGUAGACAACUAUCAUCUGUUGAUGCGCAAGCACCAGCUGUCCAGGCAGCUGGGUGUUGCGGAGCGACCCGUGGCAAUGCAGAAAAAGCUUCUGCAGCUUGCAGGCUACACAGAACGAGAUCGUAUGGAGGACGUGGGACGAGAAGACAACAGCUACCUCAUACGGUUUACGUUCACCCACGAAAAGCAAACAGGUUUCGGAAGUGGUCUUGACAAUGAUCCUACAUUCAGCAAGAUGCAAAAGUUCAGCCAUGUUGACCUCCAAGCAAAGUCCUUGGUAACCAUUCCCAUCAUCCUCUAUACCAAAGCUGCCGAGAUCAUCUCUAUCAACUUAUCCCGCAACCUGGCUUUGAAAGUGCCGAAGGAUUUUAUCACGGCAUGUAUCAAUCUGCGGGAAAUCAAGUUCACCGGCAACGAGGCCUGGAGGCUUCCCCCAAGUUUGGCAUGGGCAAGCCGUUUGACUGUGCUUGAUGUUUCUAACAAUCGGCUGGAACAAAUAGACCACGCUGAAUUGCAUAGGCUGAUGGCACUUGUGAGCCUCAAGCUCGCAAACAACCGACUGUCUCAAUUACCGCAUUCUUUCGCUCACUUCCGCCAGCUUCGCAGUCUCAACCUGUCCUCCAACAACUUCACCUACUUCCCAGAGCAUAUCUGCAACCUCAAAUCCUUGGUUGACCUUGACAUAAGCUUCAAUAAGCUCUCGUCCUUGCCUGGAAUCUCUCGCCUGACGACCCUGGAGCGUUUGUGGGUAACAAACAACGACUUGAAAGGCGGUUUCAAAGAAAGCUUUGCAGGCUUGGUCAACCUCAAAGAGAUUGAUGCGCGAUUCAACGGCAUCACCAGUAUUGAUAAUCUUACGAAACUUCCUAAUCUUGAGCAACUCUUGGUUGGGCACAACAACAUUACGACGUUCAAAGGCUCAUUUCCUAAGCUUCGUGUACUGGUUCUUGAUCAUUGCCCAGUCACUUCAUUUGAACUCGACCAACCAGUCCUGACGUUGACGAGCCUUAAUAUUGCUUCGGCCAAACUUGUUGAGUUCAAGGAGAUCAUGUUUAAUUUCAUGCCAAACCUGCAAAAACUGAACCUGGACAAGAAUCAUCUCUCGACCAUGUCACCACAAAUCGGACGGUUAUCCAAACUGGAAUUUCUAAGCAUGGCCAAAAAUCCCUUGAACGUUGUCCCGCCAUCCAUUGGAAGCCUCUUGGAACUCAAGUUCUUGAACCUCAGAGAGUGCAACGUGAAGAGCUUACCAGCCGAGAUCUGGUACUGCCGAAGAUUGGAAACACUCAACGUUUCCUCUAAUGUUCUGGAAACGUUCCCUAAGCAGAAUGCCGGCCCGCCUCCAAACGAUCCUAGCCAGACUUCAGCCACGACCCCAGGUUUGUCCAACUCGCCAAGCUUUGAAGACUUGGGCAAACUUGAAGACUUCCAAGCUCGACGUCCUAGUCAAGCUUCAGCGGGGAUGAUGAGCAUUGGAAGUUCACCGGGUAGUAUGCGGAAAAAUUCGGUUGCUUCAAUCCAACCCUACCGAAAACAGUCUACAAUAUCAAGGACGAAUACAGAGUACUCUAUGAGCACCGCAACACGGAAGGAUUCCAAUCUGUCGCAAGCACGACUUCAGAACACAUUUGCUGGGUCACUUCGAUAUCUGUACCUUGCUGACAAUCGAAUUGAAGACGAUGUGUUCCGUGAGCUAGCGCUCCUGCCAGAACUCCGGGUCCUCAACUUAUCCUACAACGAGCUGGACGAUUUCCCUCAAGGCGUCCUACGGCGUUGGCCACAAUUAAGUGAGCUCUAUGUCUCUGGUAAUCAGCUCACCUCCCUGCCAUCGGAUGACUUGGAGGAAAGCAGUAACCUCAGGGUGCUACAUCUGAAUGCAAAUCGUUUUCAGGUGCUGCCUGCUGAGCUUUGCAAUGUCCACAAAUUGUCCACACUGGAUGUUGGGAGCAACUCACUUAAAUACAAUGUCUCAAACUGGCCAUAUGACUGGAAUUGGAAUCGAAACACAAACCUCAAAUAUCUCAAUUUCUCUGCCAACAAACGUUUGGAGAUCAAGCCUGCCGCCCAUCAAAACCAGACACAAUUCAAUGCGAUGAAUCGCACUAACGAUGCAACUGAUCUCACGAGUUUCAACACAUUAAAAUACCUUCGGAUCUUGGGUCUCAUGGACGUGACAUUGCUGACGAACACAAUACCGGACGACAAUGAAGAUCGUCGUGUGCGAACAUCUGCCUCGUUGGUAGGAACAUUGCUGUAUGGUAUGGCAGACACGUUGGGUAAGAACGAACAUCUGUCGAUACUGGAUCUUCUCAAACCGAAUUUCAGAGGCCAUGAUGGCGAGAUCCUAAUAGGGAUGUUUGAUGGUCAAACUAUGUCGAGUAGUGGCUCCAGGGUUGCAAAAUACCUGCACGAGAACUUCUCUGCUGUCUUUUAUGAGGAGUGCAAGAAGGCCGAAGCAGGGAACGACACGCCUAUCGACGCGCUUAGAAGGACUUUCCUGGCAAUUAACAAAGACAUGGCGAAUUUUGCUAGCAGCGGCUAUGACACCAAAGAACACAGAAUGAUCAAUGGACACCGAGGCUCCUCGGUAGCCAACACUCUUGGGCCGGAUGACUUGAACUCGGGCGCUGUUGCUGCGGUCUUGUACAUUGUUGGUCAAGAACUACAUGUGGCCAACGUCGGUGACCUUGAGGCGAUAUUGAUCCAGUCCAACGGUCAACACCGUCAGCUCACAAGAAAACACGACCCAGCAGAACCGAGUGAGCGUGAAAGAAUCCGCGAAGCGGGUGGGUAUGUCUCGCGCCAGGGUAAAUUGAAUGAGGUUCUGGAGGUUAGUCGGGCGUUUGGCUAUUACAAUCACAUGCCAUCGAUCAUCGCUGCGCCUCACACUUUCACCUGCGUAGUGAACGACUCUGAUGAGCUGAUUGUGAUGGCAAGCAAGGAGUUCUGGGACUAUGUCACAGUGGAUGUGGCGGUCGAUGCAGCCCGUGCCGAGAAGAACGAUUUGAUGCUUGCGGCACAGAAGUUGAGAGACCUUGCAAUGGCCUUCGGCGCCCGGGACAAGAUCAUGGUGAUGGUUCUAGGUAUCUCCGAGCUAAGAAAGAGAAGCAAUCAUCGGUUCCGUGGCACAAGCCUUAGUAUGGCAAAGGAGCUUAGGCUUGAUGAAGGGGCCAUAUUCCCCAGCUCACGCAAGGCUCGACGGAAAGGUGAGACUCUUGUCGGUGAUUCUCGACUCGCCAGACUCGAAGAACCGGAAGCUCCCGUUGGAGAAGUGGCAAUUGUUUUCACAGAUAUCAAGAACUCGACCGCAUUGUGGGAGAUUCUGCCUGUUCCCAUGAGAUCCGCAAUCAUGAUGCACAACGAGCUUAUGCGACGACAACUUCGGAUCAUUGGCGGUUACGAAGUGAAAACCGAAGGUGACGCUUUCAUGGUGUCCUUCCCAACCGUCACGUCGGCACUGCUCUGGUGUUUCAGCUGUCAAAGCCAUCUUUUGGAGUUGCCUUGGCCGCAAGAGAUUCUGGAAACGGUUCAUUGCCAGGAGAAGUUCGAUGCCGACCAGAAUCUCAUCUAUCGCGGACUUUCAGUGCGGAUGGGUAUUCAUUGGGGCCAACCAGUGUGCGACCUCGACCCGAUUACGCGAAGAAUGGAUUAUUUCGGACCCAUGGUGAACAAGGCUGCCCGGGUAUCUGCAGUGGCAGAUGGUGGACAGAUCGCCGUCAGCAGCGACUUCAUUGCAGAGGUCCAGAGGACUCUCGAAACGUGUGCGGAGGACGACCGACGCGACUCUGCGGGCUCCGACGAGACUGUGAACGAUGAUCCACUAUUCUCUCAGAUUCGUCGGGAGCUUCGUCAGUUGAGCAGUCAGGGGUUUGAGGUCAAAGACCUCGGAGAGACCAAGUUAAAAGGUCUUGAAAAUCCUGAGUACUUGUACUUGAUGUACCCGCACUCUUUGGCGGGUCGACUAUCGGUUCCUCCCGGCGCCGACACAAAGGUUCAAUUGGGUACCACUGCUCCGGCGGCAAGCGAGGACAAAACACAACCUGGAACGUUGAGCAAAGACAGUCAACUGAAAGAUCUGCAGCUCGAUCAAGUUUGGAUACUUUGGGAUGUUGCUCUGAGGUUGGAGAUGCUGUGCAGUUGUCUCGAAGCUCCACAACAAGCGAUUGGUCUUCAUAAGCCAGAACUGAGUCUGCUUACGAGGAUGAAGGAGAAAGGUGGUGUGCAAAGCGAUGGCUUCAUGAUGAAUCUGCUUGAACACCAAGUUACAAGAGUAGAGGCUUGCGCAACCACUUUGCAACUUCGCCAUAUGCUACAGCCUCUCAAGCAGGGCGUUGCACUCGUCGACCAGGCCAGGCCUAUUGCCGAAGUCUUGAAAGAGAUAUCUACAGCUCUUACAGAGGCCAGAGCAGCCCAGGCCGGGUUUGAGACACCUGAUACCGCUGACGGGACAGAGUCGGAGUAA